UUCGAACGCCGGAUCGAGCGGGGGUCCUUCGACAGCAUUAUCUGACGCCGACAAGAAGAAGAAGAGAAAGCUGAAAGAGAAGGAACGCAAGGAGAAGGUAGCGGAAAAUCAGGGAACAGGAGGCUACUCAACCUUAUGAAAUGACGACCGAAGAGCUGGACAAUUUCUUUUACGAUAGCUUGAAGGCAACGUAUUCGAAAGCCUCGGAUAUGGAAUUGAAUGAUUUGAGGAUCCCAGCGAACGUGCUUCAAUCGACAUCGGCAUUUACGGAACCCAGGGAGCUCGCAUCGCUUCCUGCCUUUGUGAAUAGUCAAAUACCCUCCCUGCCCAAGCGACUCAAGAGAGCUGGUACCCCAUCCCUCAUCGUCUUGUCACCGUCAGGCAUCCGAGCGGCGGAUGUAGUGCGAGCCCUGAAGUCAGUACGAGUACCCGAGGGAGAGGAUGGCGCCGAAACGGGAAAACCGCCAGGCGAGGUUGGCAAGCUGUUCGCCAAGCACUUCAAGGCGUCGGAACAGAUUGAAUACCUCAAUUCAACCAAGAUCUGGGCUGCUGCCGGAACACCCGGACGAAUUGGCAAGAUCUUGUCUGAUAGCGAUGCACUGACGAUUCGACAGCAAACUGUAAUCCUGCUCGAUCUUUCUUACCGUGACACCAAAAAUCGGACACUCCUCACCAUUCCCGAGAUCAGGGACGAAUUCUGGAAGGUCCUGUUUGGCGACAAGAAGGUGCGGGAAAAGCUGUUGGCGACGGGAGUCAAGAUUGCCGUCUUCUAGUUGAGGUCGGCAACGGUAUCGGUACGGACGCAUAUACGACGGGCUCGAGGUGAAGGGAAGCGAAUGCAUGCAACGAGAUGACAAGGAGCCGGAUAUGACUGUCGACGGUGCGAGCGAUUUGCUCGUGUUUAUACGUUUAUCAAGCUGCAUGCAAUUCGAUUGCCACUCCAUUACGUCUUCAGGCUAAUCUU